AUGCCGGAGAAAGAGACUUUCCACGAGCACAUGCAGGUGCAUCCGUUUCACCAUUCGGGCCAUCCGUUGGCCGCGGCCGCUCACCAUCAUCCCGGGUUGGCCGCGUCGCAUGGACUGGCUGCCGCGGCGGCUGCGGCUGCCAACGGGGCCAAUCCGGCCAGUGGCUACAGCCCGUUGCAGAUCCCGUCGGCGUUCGUAGCAUUCCACUCGCAGCUUCCCUCGAUGGAACAACGGUCGGUUCACGACGGUCGUUACGGACUAUGGGAUCCAGCCGCACCGCCUGCCUACCAUCAUACAGCACCGCACGGGCUGUCUAACAAUGCAAAUUUCGCUGAGUUGCAAUUUUUAAGCGCCCGCCGAGCUGCCGUUGCCGCAGCCGUGGCCAGCGCAGAGGCCGCCGCCGGCACAGCGCUACCACCGCACCCAGCGACGGUGAUCCCGAACACCGUUUCCCCUCCUGCCACGUCCGGCGGUCCAGCCGAAGAACGCAGCAACGCCACGAACGGCGGCGGAAACUCUAGCCCCGGAUUGCCGACUACCAAUGGUGGCAGUCCACCGGGGCCGGGACAGUCUGCUGGACAGACCACCCUUCCCUCGGUACCGGUGCCACAUCCCAGCGAUUUUCAUCCAGCCUACAGGAUACCCGGCUACAUGGAACACCUCUACUCGCUGCAGCACGCGUCGGCCUCGUUGCAUGGUCUUGGUCUCACGUCGGAGUAUCUCAACGCACGCAAUGCCAUCGCGGAUUUGCAUCCGGCGAGCUCGCUGGCCAGUGCCGAUUUCCACUUCAGCAUCGAUGCGGCCAGCCGGCUCAACAGUCCGCGGCCAGGAAGCAUACGGGCCAGCGUUAGCCGCAAACGUGCCUUAUCCUCAUCGCCAUACUCGGAUUCAUUCGACAUCAGCUCGAUGAUACGUUACUCGCCGAACUCGCUAGCAUCGCUUGUAAAUGCAUCCCGCAGUAGCAGUGCCAGCGGUUCUUACGGCCACCUUUCGGCCAGCGCACUUGGACCGGCCCUUGGAGUACACAGUGCAAUGCCUCCUCAUCUACAACAUUUGCUGAGGAGCAGUGGCUUUUUGCAUUCACUUCCAGGUCAUCACGCGCCACCAGCCAGUAUGUUCUCACUGCCACCGCAUCAUCCACUGCACCCGGGACAUUCCCUAACGAAGCCUCAACAAAUUACCGAUCUGUCCAGCAAGAAGCAAGAACAGCCGAGCUCCACAAAUCAUGUGACUCGGGUCGAGGCGGACAGUGCCAGCAACGCCGGCCAGAAGAAGUCUCGCAUCAAACGGGAACCGUCGCAUCACAUCCCAAUGCACAAAGGCAGUCCACCGAACGGGUCGGCAAUGAUCACAUCCAACCACCAGCUCAGUCCGACCUCCACUCAGGGUAUGACGAAUGGAACGACAACCUCGACAGCGGCCACAUCCACCACGCACAACGGAGCGCACGGGCUGAAUCUCAGUCCGAUGCACGUGAUGGACAGCCACGGUAUGGGCGGUUCCAAGGUCGAUUCAACGGAUCCGAAAGACGAGCCCGGCGACUUCAUCGAAACCAACUGCCACUGGCGGGACUGCUCGCUGGAGUUCAACACUCAGGACGAACUGGUGAAGCACAUCAACAACGAUCACAUCCACGCGAACAAGAAGUCCUUCGUGUGCCGCUGGGACGAUUGCUCGCGGGACGAAAAACCCUUCAAGGCUCAGUACAUGCUGGUGGUUCACAUGCGAAGACACACCGGGGAGAAGCCGCACAAGUGCACGUUCGAAGGUUGCUGCAAGGCGUACUCUCGGUUGGAGAACCUGAAGACUCACCUGCGAUCACAUACCGGCGAAAAACCGUACACCUGCGAGUAUCCAGGCUGCAGUAAGGCAUUCAGCAAUGCUUCCGAUCGCGCCAAGCAUCAGAAUCGCACGCACAGCAAUGAGAAACCCUAUGUGUGCAAGGCACCCGGCUGCACCAAGCGAUACACGGACCCAAGCUCCCUGCGGAAGCACGUUAAGACAGUUCACGGGGCGGAGUUCUACGCCAACAAGAAGCACAAGGGUAAUGGUCACCACGGAGGCAGUGGUGGCGGUCACGGCAGUGGCGGUGACGGUGGAGACGAUGGCGAAGGAUCGAAUCAUAUGUACGACGGAAGCCCGCGUAGUGAGGAUAUGCAGAGCGGCAAAACUACGAGCAUGAGCAGUCCCAGCAUCAAGUCGGAAUCCGAUGCUCAUUCUCCAGGACAGCCACCCGUCAACAGUCCGAUGUCGAUAUCCGCCCUCACCGCUGGUUUGGUGGAUGAUUACGAUGGCAGCAGUAUGCAGCUGGGCAGUUUGGCAGCGAUUGACGACCCAGCAUGGCCAUACGUUGAUGAAGAUCUUGAAGUUGCCGAUUUGCCUUACGUCCUGCGAGAAAUGGUCGACAUGGGAGGUCCAACGUCGGCAGCAACAGCUGGAUCGAGAUCGAAUGCUCCGCGGAAUCGCUUCAAGAACCGCAUCAACAACAAAGGCUCGCUAAUGAGCAACAUGCUGUCCAAUAUUCCAGAGAUCAACAACUACCGAAACUUCGGUUUGGGUGAACUAAAUAAACGGAUCACCGAUCUCAAGAUGGAACCGGGAACAACACCACCUCCACAACCGUCUCCGAUCUCCAAAAACUGUCAGACUGAUUUGGGUGGCCUCAGACCACCCUCGGGUCCCGCACCAUCCUGCACGAAUGCGAUGAUGACGAAUGCCUACCUUAACCCUGGUCAAAUUCGCCGGGACAGCAACAACAGUACAACUAGCAGCUCCUACUAUAGCAUGCGAUCGGCAGAUAUUAGCCGGAGAAGUAGUCAGGCCUCACAGCAAAGCUCGAUCUCGACGAUGCGUCCAACGAGCUAUUACAACUCAUCAUUCUAUGAUCCAAUUUCCCCGGGAAGUUCCAGGCGAUCCAGCUCGAUGUCAACGGCAACAAACGGUGGCCAAAGUUUACCACCGCCUCCGUCGUCACACCUGAUCUCAACGCACCUGCAACGGUUCAACCAAGCGUCGAUGGGCAACCCGUCAGCUGGAUCUUCCCGUCACUCUAUUCCGAACAAUAUGAGUGGCGGAAAUUACUACCACCAGCAGCAACUACUGGGUCAGGUAGAUCGAAGAAUGUCCGAGCCAGUGCCAGUAAAUCAACAAACUUCACAAGCAAUGGGUGCUCACUUUGGCACGGGAUUCAAUGGUCCUCCACGGCCAGGUUCCGCCGUACCCAAAACCAGUACAGUUACAUCCGCAGCAGUAAACAAAAUUCCCCCAGCACCAGCAUCGGGAAAGUUACAUCCCAACCAGGAAGUCGUUCUGGAUGAGGUUGAAGAGGGCGAAAUGGUAGAAAACAAACUGGUCAUUCCAGACGAGAUGCUACAAUAUCUCAAUCAGGUUGCAGACCAGGAGAGCAAAGCUACGGUUCCUCAAGGCAUGUCGACGCCAAACUCAACAGCCACCGACGCAGCAGGUCCAUCAGGAUGGAAACCUAACAGCAGUUCGCCUCCGGCGUACUCCGCCACUACAAAACCGGCUUCCUUCACUCAACCACAAUCCAAUCUGAACAACGUAUUGAUGAGUCCUCAAUCACAGUACAGCAACGACGACUGCAGUUUGAUGAGUAAUGUGAUGUCACCGCAAACCCCACAGCAUCAGAUGAUGUCUCCAAUGGAGAGUACUCCGGCACCGUUGACGCCACAACAACCCACACCAGUUCAAUGCCAACUGCAGAACUUCAAUCGACAGGGUACAAACGGUGCAUUCCCGCAAAACCAGCAGCCAUUGCCGUUGCGACAAAUCGCUUGCUCCAAUCUGAUAGGAUACUUCCACCGAACGGACCAGAGCGCCCACCAUUGCUGUCUAGCAAUGAUGAUGCAAGGCUCGUUGCACAUUAACCCAACACCUGGCAGCGGCGCUGCCACCAACCCUCAACAGUACAAAAAUCCCUUCAGCAAUCACUUCAAUUCGAACUUUUCCACCACUUCAGAACAACAACAGCCACAAUCCACUCCUCCUACAACCACGACGCAACCAGCCCAUCCAGUAGACGUCGAAAUCCAAUGCGGCGACAUCAGUCAAUCGCAAAUGUCCCCGGCGGUUGCACCGUUAGCGCCGGCUGCUACUCCUUCAUCCUCCAGUCCUCGCCAGGGUACCGCCCACCAACCGGCUGUCAAACCCAUGGAAAGUAGCCUUCAAACGCCACCACUUCCGUCAACUCCCACCGGCUUUGGGACAGCAGCUGCAGCUGUCAGUACUGCCGCCGCCAUUGCCACCGGCGUCGGACCAGCCGCUGCCACCGGAGUAACGCCGACGGCCGGUACACAGUCGGCAAUGGGUUCCGACACCUACCAGCGUACGCUCGAAUAUGUACAAAACUGCCAGAACUGGGUCGAAUCCGCCGCCGACAUGGUCAGUAGCAGCACUCAUCCGACGGGAACCGCCGGUGCCGCUGGCACAGGUGGUGCUAGCGCUCCUCCGGCAUCCUCCAAUCUGGUGAUCAACGACAUGAGCACCUCGCUCAGCUCGUACUUCGAAGAGGAUCGCUACCUGCAGAUGAUUCAGUGA